UCCAAACCCGACGCCAGUGAAAUGCAUACAACGCAAGAUAUUUGUGUAGCUUCAAUACAAAGCAGCAGCAAUUGAGAGGUUGGUAGUACACGUACCUGCAUGAAUGCUAACUUGAUCGGAUCUAGCGCAAUUCGGAGCAAUUGAAGCUAUGAGAUCAUGACCGAUGCGUUCUAGACAUCUACCGCGGUCGUCGCAGAUCUGAUAGAUGCGAAUGCCGACGCUGUGCAAUGCUUCCUUUAUAACAUUGGUGCUCUGAACCCCUCACAAUGGCUGGAAGACGCUUCGUAGACGCAGCGAAGCUAUUCCAGGCCUCGAAAUCGAUCGCGAGUAAGCACAUCACGCUGCGGUCACAGCAGCUCGAGGCCUACCAAAAAACAUCAACACUAGCCAAGGCUGUCAAAUCUCAGACGGAUCGCGUCACCCUCACUGCUGCUGCUGCCAUUGCACUCUACCAGCGAUCCAAUGAGGCUCCUGCGCACACGAAAGCCGCUCACGAGCGCCCAGCUGCAACAGGUUCACAAUAUACAAACAUACCUAGGAAGACAACAGUAGAGACACAGGCCCCAGAUCACGAGCUGAGAGAAGGUCUCAGACAGGACCAUCAUUACGACCGCUCUGCACAGGCCACCGCGGCACAGCCUGCACCAGAGCAGGAGCUGGACGUUGAGCAGGCAAAGGCACCACGUCGUACGUUGCCAGAUGGCACGAUACCAUCUGCAGGUGUGACAUUAGGCCAAGGGUAUAAGGGACAGGAUACUGAAGAGCCCAUCCCGGCCCACGCAAACGAUCUCCAGCCGUCAACAAAGACGCCAAAGAUCCAAGAUCUUCUUGCCGGCCACGACAGAGAUGUUUUCUACACACGUUCAGUCGAAUCGCAGUCCCAGUCUUCUGCCCAGCCACGUUCUCAGAUACCUCUCGCUACUACAAACAAGCAAGGAAGAGAUAGCCAUGUCGAGGACGGACGACUCAAUCAGGAUGUAUUCUAUGCAACACCGAAGCCCGGGCAGGAGCGGGAGCAAAGCAAAGGGCCCGUCCAAUCUGCCGUUCCCAUUGAGGAGGAUGUACCAGAAGGCGUCAACACAGAUAUUUUCCACUCGAGACGGGUGGCUCGAAUGCUCGGACAAGAUCGCUUUUCGCGCAAAGAACACCUUGGUCCGACAGCUUCGAAGGGCACAGGGCGGCACCCGCUCGACGACAGGCCUAUAAUACAGGCCCCAACUCGUGCUCCUGAACGAGCGCAGCCUGCUACUACCGAGCAGGAGAUGCAAGACCUCGCUUCCAAGCUGGCCAAAGACGCCGAAACUCAGGCCUCUGCUGCUACUGAAACGCCUACCGCUAUUGAAACGGAGCCUGAUAAACCCGCCUAUGCACUCCGUGAGUCGAGAGUUCCAUCGUCGCGAUUUGGCCGACUCUGGCAGUAUGCUGGACUUGGAACUAGCAUGGCCUUCGGCGCUGUCGGCGAGAGCCUUCGUCGUGUCACAGGCACAGCCGCUGCGACUGGCGGCUCCCUCAUGUUGAGUCCUGGCAAUCUUGAGAUUCUUGUCGCAAAGCUCUCUCGUAUGCGGGGUGCUGCAUUGAAGCUUGGACAGAUGAUCAGCUUCCAGGACAGCAAGAUGCUGCCACCCCAAAUCCAAGAAGUUUUGCAACGUGUGCAAGACAGUGCAGACUAUAUGCCAGCCUGGCAGCGGGACAAGGUUCUUGCUUCGAACCUUGGAUCUGAAUGGCGUGACCUGUUCGAGUCGUUCGAGGACAUCCCAAUAGCGGCUGCAUCAAUUGGACAAGUCCACAAGGCGGUGCUGAAGUCAACAGGCAAGCCGGUGGCCGUCAAAGUACAAUAUCCCGGUGUCGCGAACUCCAUCGACUCUGAUUUGAGCAACCUCUCCAUCCUCCUGACUGCGUCCCGUAUCCUUCCGCGCGGCCUGUUCCUCGACAAGACUAUUGCCAAUGCCCGCACAGAGCUUGGCUGGGAAUGCGAUUAUACACGCGAAGCUGAGUGCCAAACGCGCUUCCGGGACUUCGUUGCUGAUGACACCUCCGUUUUCACAGUCCCCAAAGUCUUUACUGAAGCAAGUGGUCCGACCGUGCUCACGGCUGAAAUGAUGAGUGGCGUGGGUGUCGCAAAGCUCAACAAUCUUACUCAAGACCAGCGCGAUUGGAUUGGCACGCAGAUUCUCCGCCUCUGCCUGCGCGAGAUUGUAGAGUUCAAGUUCAUGCAGACUGACCCCAACUGGACCAACUUCCUUUUCAAUGCUAAGGACAAGAAAAUUGAGCUCCUCGACUUCGGCGCGAGUAGAGACUUCCCUGAUGAGUUUGUGGAGCCAUACAUCAAUGUCUUGAUCGCCGCCAGCAAAGAGGACCGCAGCUCCAUCCGCGAUUUCUCGCUCGAGCUGGGCUAUCUGACCGGCGACGAGAGCCCAGCCAUGCUGAACGCGCACACAGACUCAGUCCUCACGCUUGCGGAGCCGUUCAAGUCAUCCGGACCAGCGAUCUACGAUUUCAGAGACCAGACAAUCACGGACCGCGUGCGCGAUCUCAUCCCCGUCAUGGUGCGCGAGCGACUCGCUCCCCCGCCUGAGGAAACGUACAGUCUGCACCGCAAGCUGUCCGGCGCGUUCUUGCUCUGCGCACGCCUGGGCUCGCGCGUGCCGUGCAAAGAGCUGUUCGAAAAGGCCAUCGCGACAUAUCACAGUACGAAAAAGACGCAGUAGAAAAUAAACCGAGUAUGUAGCAUAGCCAUUGUAUAACAUCAUACAUCACACAUCAGAAAUCAUAUCACACAUUCCCACCCUUGCCUACCGCGCCUCAAAUUGCACCAUCCGCGCCGUCCGCACUUUCAGCAACAUU